UGGGGAGUGUGAUAGAACACACGCAAGCUGGAUGGGUGCACUUCGAUCGCUCACUUUGUUAUUGUACCUGUGUCGGGGGUACACAUAAAAGCACUCUACACCGACGUGGGCAGUGAUUCGGAACUUUACUUUGGAAAACGUGUGGAGCUGUACUGUUAUAUUAAUACUAGUAUUAUUUCAACUUGGGUGAUUCUGUAACGCUCGCCCGAUUUUGUGAUGCCGGAUUUAUUUGUUUCCUUUGAGACACAUUUCCUUUUCUCUACUUUGUAAACUUUGUGAAAUGUUCUUUUCGCCCCAUGCAAGCAUACAAUGGAUAUGAUUAUGUGGUGGAAACUAACCCAGCCAAGUGACAAGCGUUACACAUGAUAGGGUCGACCACUCGACUUUCAACUUCAUCAACGCUAUGACAAACUUCCACUAAAGACGACAAUGCGAGGGGGAUUUACUUUGUAAGAUCCUCUAAAUCCUCAGCAGGGUACGGGGCUAUCUUGCAUCAAUCUUGGUGUGUUUUUUAAAAAGACGUCAGCCAGCCCGAGUAAACACUUUAUCUUGCCAUGACAGCCACGGUCCGCGUUCAGCAUGGCACAUUCGUCUGCGACAGCUAGAGGCAAGGGGGGAUUUCGCGCCGGCACCAGGGACAGCGUUCAGCUGAAAAUCGCCCAACUCACGGAGACUUCGGACGGUGAUCGAGGCCAUAUUAACCCGGGCAGUGAUCGCGAAAGCAGCUUCAGCAGCAGCCAUCACCGGCAAUUUAAUAAGGACUUGGGCACCAGACCUAGUUCUCCUCGUGCUGUGGGCAAUACACGCACGGGAAGUAGUUGCGGCUCGACUACUGCCGAGGAUUUGCAUCGUGGUGCACGGGGACAUCACCGCAGCAGCAACACUAGUCAUGACCAUGUGAGUAGGAACCAAGAUCGCCAGCCGGCAAUUGAAUCGUCGUACGGUGCAGCAGAGCCAUCAUUAGCAUUAUCCAAUAAGCAGUCCAACGUGCCAGUGGAACACGGAAAGGACAAGGAACAUGCUUGGAAUAUCAUCGGUGGUAACAGCCGCCAGACCCAAGCAGCCGGCGGCGGAUCUAAAUACAGUAAUAGGAUUUUAGCCGGGGAUUUGUCUCGGCAGGAGAACAAGGACACAUCGUACAGACAUCGUGCAUCAAGUCCUGUAACAACAACAACAGUGCAGACGGGUCUGUUCGGCACCGCAACCUCGGCUUCUGCUGGCCGUGAUUCGAGGGGCAUUUCAUCAGUGGAAAGCAGGACUGUGCAUCGGGGACAGUCGCCGGCGAGCAUUCAAGAAAGGAGGGCUGUUGCGAGGAGGGUUGGUGCAUUUAUGCAGCAUGAACAAAGCCCCACAGAGAGGGGCUACAGUCAAGGUAAUGUGCACUCUAAAGUCAACACAUCACCACCUAUAACUAGCCCCCAAUCGCCAGAUUCAGUCAGCAGUUCAGCAUACUCAGAGUCUGGAAUCACAUCUCCUGGUCAAACCAGGCAAAUUUUCAAACCGCUGGCAGUCAAGCGACUGACCAAGACCACCAAGAAAAAUCUCACUUCUUUUGAUGAGCUGCAGAGUCCUGUGAGUUCACCAUAUUCUAGUCGUCGGUCGAGCGUGUCAAGUAUUGGCACAGUUGAUCAAAGUGAGGGAUCAAGUGUUGCAGAAAAUAGGGCCAGACUUGUAUCAGCAUUUGUUUUGAGUACUCAAAAUAACACUGCAACAUCACGAUACAGAGAUUGGAGUGGAACUCAUGGACCGGGCCAAAGUAAUCCACUGAAAGUGGAUAAUGUCCGUCGCACAAUGGCCAGAAAUCAGGAUUCUCCGACCUCUGCCUCUGAUCCUUCCUCACCCCAGCUGUCAGAGUCUGGUGGAACCAAAUUGACACUACGCAUGGAUUUUAAUAGUUUAAAGAUCGGAAGUGUUGAGAACUUGAAAUCACAGUCACGACCUGCCACUCUUAAGAAGGUGGCAUCUGACAAAGGCCUUUCUAGCAUGAGUGCUCCAACGUCGCCUGUCAGAACAUUGCAAAAAUUGACGAACAAAAUGCGCAAUCGCAAGCAGGAAUACACGGACAUUCCACAAGGGGAUUACACUCGCCCAAUGUCUCCAGCGUCAGAGCCGGGAGAAGACGAGGGGUGUGUACGGGACUUUGACUGGCCAACAGCAACUCAGUCUUUGCCGAGACCAAGACGAAAAAACAGGAUGGUCAUACCAGAGCUGCCUGAAGUCCUCUUAGCAAGGAAUAAAGAAGUCAGUGAUGGUACACAGGCAUCCUCAUUGUCCCCUAUGGAUAAGUUUAACUUGAAAGCUCCUCUGAGACCACUGAAUGUGAAAAGGCAAAGUGAAAAUACACCUGUUUCCUCACCAGUUAUGGAUACGAUGGUUGAAGAAACGUCUGAUGAAUUGCUGUUGGCAAGCACUCGUAAGAAGGAAAGACGAAAGAAGUUCAGUGCCCUCGGGCAGUCUGUUACUGAAGGCAGUGGUGGGAGCAAUGGUGAAAAUGGACGCUCUCGCAGCGAUCCCACGCAGGACCGGAAACGGGGAAGCUUUUCUGAAGAUAUUGAGAAGAGUUCUGUUGACUCUCAGUUCUUUGAAGCAUUGCAGAUACAGGGAGUGCAUGGACAGAUACCUCCUGCCGGCACUCUAGGAGCUACUGUGGCCAGCACAGAGAGUAGUCAGUCCAUCUCGAGCAUGGCUACUUCUAUCAGUGAUACAACAGCAGAGCAACAGUUUAUCAAUGUGCUGCACGAGGUUACCCAUCACCCAGAUGGAUUAAUCAACUCAUCGAACCUUGACUCACAGGAACGAAAUGGAAAACUAAAAUCCAAAGUGAAAUCCAGGACUUGGCCAAAUGGAGACAAAUCCCAAAAUGAACUGGAUCAGUACACGCAAGGCAUCCAGGUGUGCACAAGCAGUCCAACAGUUUCUGACAGACAGGAGGAGAUAGAUAAAUUGCACAUGGGAGAAGAGCCGGAUGACAUGCGUGCAAAGUCGGAGAACCUCUUGGCACCUGGAGGAAAGGAGCGUGUGAACCUCCAGUUGGCUCUAGAUAGUCCACACUCCCCCCAGAUCCAGAGGAAACGGAGCCGGGGUGGUAGUGGCUAUGAGGAGUUGCCUGAGAGUACCUCUGGGACUCUGCUGCAUCAGGGAAGCAGCUCUGAGCAGUCGCUGAUCCAGCAGGAUAAGCACAUGAGGUCGGCCAGUGAGCCAGCCACCACCUUGAGUCCUGUGGACGAUACCACCGUGCCUUCUCUGUGUAAACCUGUGGUCACCAUAACCAGGUCGCAGAGCAUGGGACCCAACCAGCACCAGCCUCAGGAGAGGAAGUUCCCCAUGCGGAAGAAAGCCAUCAUCCCCCCUCCUCAACCAGGACACUCACUCAGGCCAGUUAUGCAAGCACACAUGUCUGAGUCCACCCCAAAUCUGGCAGCUGAACCCCACACCUCUAGAGUGACUGAUGCACUGGUCUCACCUACAAUUUCAAAAUCAAACCGGAUAUUGAGUGCAAAGAUUGGAUCAUCUACACUUCCCCGCUCAAACAAGGACAAGUCUGUGGAGUUAUCGCCUACCACAAGGAGGAAGCUUAAACAGCAGGUAAGUUGAUUCUUAAAAACUUGAUCAGAUGGAAUAUUUAACUAUUGUUUCUCUACUCCUGUAGAUUGUGUGUCUACAUUUUAGUAAAAUCCUUUGUGUUUCACUGUUUCAAGAGUUCCAGAGACUUACGUUGCUUGAAAAUAUUGCCCCAUUUAUAUUGUACUUUCUGAUGGAGUAAUAUCUGCCAUUGUGCAUGUCCUGGAAACAUACAUUUUUUAAUAGCGUGUUGGAUUUUUAUUUUGUUGCACAGCACCUCUUCCCCAGUUUGUUAUUUUUGUCCCAAAUGGAAUUUUUUUCAAGCCAUUAAUUAAAAGAAAUGGGUUGAGUGACUUGAGUGACCCCGUUAAUAAAUGCUGGGUAUGUCACUUGCCACAGGCAAUUUUGCUUCAACACAUGCCACAUGGCAUUCCCUCGCUUAAUGGACCUGUGUGAAAAC